UGAAACUGAGGUACAGAGGGAGAGAAGGGAGAAUGUUUACUGGGGAAGAAGAGAGGGACCUUUGAUAUUAUUCUCCAAAAUCAGUUCUCCUACUGGUCUUGUUUCCGGCACUUUCAUUGGAAAUUACUGAAAGGUAUCACAAUUCAAUCAGAAAAGAAUUAUUAUUAUUAAACAAGAGUCGGUAGGGGAGGAUUCAAACCAACUGUCACAAGCUAGCAUGCACGCGCGCGAACGUGUCUGGAAAUAGGAGUGGAACAGUUAUAGUAGUUCCAUCAAAUAUCGGGAAAUAGGAAAAUACUUUAAAGUAUUUGUCAUAGGUCAAGUUCUUCGAGAAAGCAUAUAAGGUGUUAAGCCUAGCUUGGAAAAACUUCAAAUGUAAUGGUUAAAAAGAUUUGUGACACUUUCUCACGAAACUACUGAAAUUGAUAAGAGUGCAAUAGCAAGCGGGAGACCGACGGAGGAGCUUAUGUAGCAUGGAGUAACUGUUUUUGUAGAUUCGUUUCUCCUUCGUGGUUUCUUUGGAUAAAAAUGAACGAAAGAGAAACAGAGGAAUAUCAACAAUCUAAUGUAUCUCCCAAGCCUACUUGCAAGACUCCUGCUGGGAAAACUCAGCAAAACCCUUUUUGUAAGAGAAUACUCUUGAGGACGUGGCUGGUGACUGCGAUCUUUUUAUUCGCCGCAGGAAUCGUCUUACUCAUUUUUGGGGCCAUUUACUGGAAGAAUAGUGUAGGAAUUUUCCUAGGAGGCGCUCUAUGCCUGGUCUUAGCUGUGCCUGUUACAGCAUUUUACUUUUGGUACACUCGUUGCUACAGUGAUAAUCAGAAAACUCCACAACAUCUGGAAAGCAAGCAACCAUCAAUGGAGAAGGAUGUAUCGACGGUUGGGACUCCUGAUCUCUACAAACAGAGCUCCACAGCACCGAAGACUGAAUCUCCCUCGAUACCUCAUGUUGUUAUGACUCCUGUUAUGUCACUUCAAAAAGCUGAUGAAAAUGGACGAAUUUCUAGAGACACUAGCACAUCACGUGACCCAGAGAGCAACAAAAGUAGUCUUACAUCAACUCCUGACAUUUUAGGUAGAAGGUUUCUCUUGAACAAAAACAAUCUUGCACCUCUAGCAAGUGCCGAAACUCUUACCCCAUCGCUGAGGUCAUCCUUCGCAAGCAUUAGUAACGCCAUCUAGGGUAGAAGAACUACUCCUUGGCAAUUUCCACUCCUCACUCGACUCAAUGUAGAACAGCACAUGUCUAAACGUUUAAAUAGUAUUGUCAGCGGAAAUAUUCAUAAUUCGACAGACCACCUGGCGGAUAUUUUAUGAAAUUAUCGAAGUUAAAACAGUUCAAGAAUUGCCAAAUCUUCAUUCAGAAAGCAACAACAAAAUUGUUCAACACUUAUCGAGAAGUAACUUAUCGAAUCUGAAAACAUCUAUUUUGUUAUCUAUUAAAAUUGUGUCUAAAAUAUUUCAAUUGUUUUUUUUUUCGAAAUAUUGCUGUUUGAAUAUCCAAAAAUAUAUUCUGUAAACGAUCAUCUUUAGAAUUUUUAUUUCUUACUGAGCAAACUGAACAAAAAUGCUUCCACAAGUUCAUAAAACAAAUGUUUGUAUAAGCUAGCUUGUCUGCUGUAAAGAAAACAUUGAGAAAGGCGUGUCAUUACUUGUUAGACCAACAUUUAACUGCUCCAAAUCCAUUGAACUUUGACUGUUAAGUCGUUUUCUAUUGAUAAGUUGUGAAAUCACAACAUAAAGCGCAUACAUAAAUGUGGAUCAAUUUCUUGAGUAAGAUGGAUUAUCAUAUUUGUAUUAUUGAUUCAGAACUCACACACGACCGAUCAAAUGGAAAUCCUGGACCUAGACUAUAAGCAUCAUCUGCUUAGAUAUAUAUUUGACAAGCUUUCACGUGUUACUUGUCUGUUUAUUUGGUAGCGUAAAGGUCAUUUUCACAAGAUAUUUAAAAGAGAAAAGAUAGUGUGAAUUAUAUGAGUUAUUUGGAUUUAUCACUCGAAUAUGAGUGAUUAGUAAUAUUCUACUACCUUAUAAAUAGUGAUUUUGUUUGGAGUUAAUUAGAAUUGUUAUGUAUGCUUAUUAUUUUGCCUUGUAUGAAUCUGAUAGGAUCAAGUUAACUUUUGGAGAAGUUAGCUGACUUCUUUAAUUUUUUACCGUCACAAUAAUUGUUGCUGUUAAACACAAGCCUGCAAGAUGGGCUUUCUGUACUGUGCCCACAGCAGGAAAUAAACUCCAAACAAUUAGCGUCAUAAGUUUUGAAGCUUGCAGCUGAACUAGCGAAACAUUUUCUUAUUAGGACUCGCGUAAGGAAUUCAAGAUUACACAAAUGGAUACUACUUCAAAGUUAUAACUGUGAUUCACCUAUAAAAUAAUGCAAACUUUUCGGGGGUUCCGUUUAACAUUAUUAAACAAUUUCUGACUAAUCUGGUAAACAUUGUAUCAAAAGGCCUGUUAUAUUUUGAACUAUGAACAAGUAUUUUCAGUAACACAAACUGUCUAAAGUAGUCUCGUUGCUGUGGUUGUACAAAUAAAAUAGGGUUGUAAUAACAGACACGUGUAAAUAAACUCUUGACUGUAAUAUAGCUUAUAACGAACAACAUAAAGCCACGUGAUAACAUGUGCCAAUGUGUAAUUUCUGACUGUCAGAAAAGUCACUUGUAAGUGUUCCCUCUUUGAUACCAUUAACUCCCAAAUUAACCGUAAUAUAUAUGUUUCGAAAGUUAUAUAUAAAUGCGUGCGUAUGUGUGUGUGAGUGCGUGCGUGCGUGGGUGCAUAAUGUUGGCUAAGAAACAUCAUAUUGAUAUAUUUCCAUUUGAUAUGAUUAAUUUCAGUAAAUUCAACCUGUUAGGGGUAAAAAUGAACUGCGUUGGUUUUCAUUUCUGUAAACUCAACUGGUGUGGUAAAAAUGGAGCUGAAUUUGGCUUGAUUUUAGUUUAUUUGUUCGUUUCGAAGCACAAAGAUAAACAAUGUGCCAACCACGAAUAUCAAAACCCGGUUUUUAGCGUUAUAUGUCUUCAGACUUAUCGCUGAUCCACUGGUGGGAGCUUGAUUUUAGUAAACUCAACUGGUUAACGAUGAGCACUGAACUGCACUUCGGCUGAAUUCAGUAAACUACAUUGGUUAGCGGUAGAAACUAAGAUGUAUUUGGCUUGACUUGACUCUAAAACGGUUAGUGAAAUAAAUUUAACUGUGUUAGCUUGAUUUCAGUAAACUCAACUGGUUAGUGGUAAAUAUUCAACUGUUUUUAGCUUGAUUUCAGUAAUCGCAACUGAUUGGUGGUAAAACUUCAAUUGCGUUUGGCUUGAUUUCAGUAAAUUCAACUGGUUAGUGGUAAAUAUUCAACUGUAUUUAGCUUGAUUUCAAUAAACUCAACUGAUUAGUGGUAAAACUUCAACUGUAUUUGGUUUAAUUUCAGUAAACUCAAUUGGAUGAUGGUAAGCGUUGAAUGUGGCUUGACUUCAGUAAAUCCAAAUGAUUAGCAGUAGAAUGAAGUUGUAUUGGGCUUAACUAUAAGUAAACUAAUGAUUAUUAGUAGAAAUUAAAUUGUGUUAGCUUUAUUUUAGUAAACGUAACUAUGUAACUGUAGCAGCUGAGUUGUAUUGUCUGGAUUCACUAAACUUGUUGAGUAAGCAGUAGGAAUAGUGCUAUAAUUAGUUUCUUUAUAUAAGAUUCAAUUAGUUAUAGGUGAUACUUCACAUGUAUUUAGUUUGACAUUUAGUAAAGUGAGCUGGUUAGCUUUGGGGUUAACCUGUGUAUUAGGCUGUAAAAAUAAAAAUAUUUACAAUAAUAUAUCUAAAAAUUUUCACAAGUGUGGAUCUGUUUCCUGUUGGAAUAAAGAGAAAUUAGAAACUUCUAAAACAAAAAGUAGUGUGAACGUUUUGUUAUUUAUAUCAGUUAUUUUGUUGUCUGUAGAAAUAGAUAUAGUAAUAUACAUGUCUUACUCACUUUAAUUACACGUGUAUUUUGUAGAGCUAAUACGAACAAAUAUACAAUUUGUAGGAAUACUUUUUGUAUGAAAUGUUGUGUCAGUAAAUAUGUUUUGUGUGAAUUGUAUCCUGUAAACCUAGUUAUUUCAGUAAACAAAUCCCAAUAUCUUCCACAUGUUGAAAAUAAAGCAUUUGUGUAACGAUUUCAUAUCUG